GAUCGACGAGACCCUCUCUCUCUCUCUACCAGACGCUCGUCUCCAGCGACGGCGGCGGCGGCGACGGCGAGGAAGGGGAAGCUAGGCGGAGGGAUCGCAGAGGCGGUGCAGCCAUGGGCGUGAUGGAGAAGCUCAAGAUCUUCGUGGUGAAGGAGCCGGUCGUCGCCGCCUCCUGCCUCAUCGCCGGAUUCGCCACCACCACCCCAACACCGGAGCUCAGCGAGGCGCCGCCGCAGCUCCACCAUCUCCGGCUAAGCGAAAUGGCGACAGUACCGGAGCCUCUGAUCUGGGAGAUCGUCAAGAAGAACAACUGCUUCCUGGUGAAGCAGUUCGGAAAUGGCAAUGCCAAGGUGCAGUUCACCAAGGAGCCCAACAACCUGUACAAUGUCCACUCCUACAAGCACUCCGGCUUGGCAAACAAGAAGACCGUGAUGAUCCAGCCAUCAGGUGCAAAGGAUGCAGCUGUGGUCCUCUCUACGACCAAGACCAAGAAGCAGAAUGCCCCAGCGAAGCUCUACCACAAGUCUGUGAUGCGCAAGGAGUUCCGCAAAAUGGCUAAGGCCGUUAAGAACCAGGUGAGUGACAACUACUACAGGCCUGAUCUGACCAAGCCGGCUCUUGCAAGGCUUAGCUCAGUGUACCGCAGCCUCCAGGUUGCCAAGUCUGGUGUUAAGAAGAAGAACAGGCAGCCGACUAAGCUGUAAAUCGCUUAAAGCUUGUUUUUUUUUGUCAAGGGGCAUCUUGUUGCUCAUGUUUCCAGCUACCUGUUACAUCAGUGUUGAGACUUGAAUUGAUAUCUAUUGCUAGAAUUGUACUCGUUACAGUUUUGUUCUGCUUCGUGCCCUUCCAAUUAUUUGGUUUGCACAACUGCGCUUGAUAAUUGCAGCUAAUGUCAUCAAAUUGCUGAUGCAAUGUGUAGCAUCUGUUACCUGA